GCCCCGAGCGGGCAGCACAGACCGAGCCGGUGCCGGCGCGACCGCGCGGUUCAUGCGGCUGAGAGCCCCCCGGCAGCCAUGGCCAGACCGCUGCGGGAACGGAGCCCCCCCGCGCCCGCCCUGCCCGCCCCUGCCGCCUGCCUGCGCCGGGGGGGCCGCGGCGCCGUGUGCCCCCCCCGCGCCCCGCCGCUGAGCUGCGCGUGUCCCGGGGAGCCCCCCCCCGCCUGCGGCAUCUUCCGCUGCGGGGCACGGGGGGGGGACCCCCCCGGCGCCACCCACAGCGGGCACGGCGAGUUCCCCCCCCCCGGCUGCCGGGGAGCACAUGGGGCCCCCCCCCCCCAAUGGUGGGGUCCGGGGGGGGGUCCCCAACGGGCGGGAGGUGGGCGCCCGCCUGCGCCGCCUCGGGGACGCCUUCCAGCGCCAGCACGAGCUGCAGCGGGAGCAGCGCGGUGGCGGCGGUGGCGUGUUUUGGGGUCCCCUCUGCCGCCUCAUCUCACAGUUGUUGGGAGCCAUCUACAACCUGCACGAGUAGGGCCCGGCCUGCACCCCAAAACUGCCGGGACCCCGGAACCUGGGUCCUACCUGCACCCCAAAACUGCUGGGACCCCGGAACCUGGGUCCUACCUGCACCCCAAAACUGCCAGGACCCCGGAACCUGGGUCCUACCUGCACCCCAAACCCUGGGUCCUACCUGCACCCCAAAACUGCUGGGACCCCAGAACCUGGGUCCUGCCUGCACCCCAACCCCUGCCUGUGUCCUGCCUGCACCCCAAACCCUACCAGCACCCCAAGGCUCAGGUCACCCCAAGGGGUGUCACUGCCCUCCCCCCCCCCAAUUCCUAUUUAUUUAACUUAUUGGGGUGCAUUUUGGGGGCGGGGGGGGGGGGGGGCACUUCCAGGUGUCCCCCCCCCAGCCCCGGUGGGGGUGCAGGUGCUGUAUAUAGUGUAUAUGGGGCUGUAUAUAGGGUGUACAGUGUAUAUAGGGGUGUACAGAUGGAGGGGUACAUGGGGGGGGUGUAUAUAGGGGUGUACAUGAAGACUGUAUAUAAGGGGUGUACAUAGGGGUGUACAUAUGGGCUGUACAUGGGUGUACAUAGGGGCUGUAUGUGGGGGCUGUAUAGAGGGGGGUACCUAUGGGGGUACAUUUGGGGGGGGGCAUUUGGGCUGUUCCUGGGUUUGUACCUUGGUUUCCAAUAAACUGAUUUGAAGGAGA